AUGCUAUUAAGAACAGCCAUAUUAACAUUUGCUUUAUAUGUCACACUCUGUGCUGCUCAAGACGAGAUUACGGCCCUGCCAGUUUGUGACCUCCAAUGUGCCGCCAAUUAUAAACCAGUUUGCGUCCAAAUGUCAGAUAUGAUAGUUCGGGAGUUCACUAAUUCCUGCCAUUUGAAAUUGUACAAUUGUAGAAAACGUUCCAAUUUGCAGUCAAACGUACCAUGUGUAAUCGACCGUAUUGAAAAAAUGGUUUCAGCGAAAUUGAAACUCUUUGAAAGGAAGCUUAGAAAUCAAAGGCGAGUGUAUAUUCCCGAAAGAUCAAGGGUUGGUGUUCGGGAAAUGCAAAAUCUCAUAAAUGCUUUCAGAGCGGUGAUUUCCAAAUUGUAA